CGAUAACACGUCUCCCUUUCACGGAGAAGAGCACGGGAAAAAUUUUGAUACGAGGAGGCGUAGUUCAAUGGCUAGAACCUCGGCCUUCAGAUCCGAUGAUGCGGGUUCGACUCCUGCCGCCUCUGCCAGAAAUACAUUGGCCCAGGACACAACAUUGUCGAGUGCUGCUAAUGAUGUUACUCUUUUAGGAAGUUCUAGUUGUGAACUUGAAGUAAAGGUAAUGAAAAAUGGUGAAGAGGUAAAAGAAUUCCGCGAUGUAAAAGGAAGCGAACCACAAGCUGAAUUUCAAGAAGCCAAAAAAGAAGCCCAUAAGAAAUUAUUACAAAGAUAUUUUUCAGACAAAAUUGGUAAAAGCAAAGAAGAAGGAAAAAUAGACGGAACCGAAUUCCAGUACGUUAUAGGUGAUAACGUUGAAGGGGGGAAAAUUAAUAGGUUGAUUUUGAUAGUGUUAUUAGCACUAGUUGCCAAGAAGAUGGGAACGAAUCAAAAUGAACUAAAGUAUCAAACUAUUUCUACCUCGGCUCAAGACAUUCGAAUAGAAAGUUGUAGCAGUUGUAAUCCUUUUUAUACCGGUGCUUCGGCCAGUGAAAUUAAAGUGGGAGCAGUCGAGAAAUUUCGCCAACGAGCCCAAAAAGUUAAAGCACAAUCCUAA